CUUUGUGUGACUUGUUUGAAGCUUGCGCUACCAACUUCUAGCUUCGAUUGUCAAUUAUUUCAUAACCGAAUUCUACACAUUAAACGUUUGUUCUUUCUAUAUUGCACACAAUGUGGUUUUUCAAAACAAAUGGCUUCAAAUUUUUCACAGCAGCAUCAGUAUACUGUAGUGUGUAUUCUUCAGGAUCUGAUAUGAUAACUAAACAUUGGAAUUACAAUUGGGAUAAGUCACAUGGUAUACACAAUGAUCCACAGUUCGAAUUUAAAUCCAAUACGCUUAAUGUAGUGAAAAAUCAACAACCUUAUUAUAAAUUAAUAAUUUUUAUACGUCAUGGACAAUAUCAUUUGAAUAAAAAGAAAUCUGAAGAAAAAGUUCUCACUGAUAUUGGUUGGCGACAAGCUUAUGCUGCCGGUUGUCGACUUAGGGAAAUGGGAAUUAAGUAG